AUGUUUUCUGAAAGCGACAGAAGAGUGAGAUACACGAAAGGCAUAGGACCACAGGAAGCAAGUAAGGAGGGAGGAUUACUGGGUGACGAAGGAGGAAAAACGUGGAGGAUGGCCAAGGACAAGCCGCAACAAAACCCCGUCUCUGUUGAUGAUAAUCGCAUAGACGAUUCAAUCGCCAGGGGUGACGGCGACAACGCACGGGAUUCCGGUGAUGGGCCGGGUGACAAUUUUCUCUUCACGCCGACGGCCGCUCGCGUUGACGUGCACCCUCUUGUGUUGCUCUCCCUUGUCGAUCACUACGCCCGAGUGAACACGAAGGUGACACAGAAGCGCCGCGUUGCCGGUCUUCUUCUUGGUCGGUACAAGCGUCUCCCGGAUGGGACGCAGCUGCUGGAUAUAAACAACAGUUUUGCGGUGCCUUUUGAUGAAGACCCACACAAUUCGGACGUUUGGUUUGUCGACACAAACUAUGCGGACGAGAUGUUUCAUAUGUUUCGCCGUGUGCUACCCAGAGUGCAGGUUGUUGGUUGGUACUCUGCAGGACCGUCCUUUUCUGUUCAACCAAACGACAUGCUGCUUCACCUGCUCGUAGCCGAUCGUUUUACCGCCAACCCGGUCUAUUGCAUUGUGAACACGGAUCCGGGCAACAAGGGUGUCCCUGUGUUGGCAUACACGACGGUUCAGGGACGUGAAGGGGUCCGUUCAUUGGAGUUCCGCAACAUACCGACACACCUGGGAGCGGAAGAGGCGGAGGAGAUAGGCAUUGAGCACCUACUGCGUGACCUGACGGACUCCACCAUUACAACACUCUCCACGCAGAUCCAAGAGCGGGAACUCUCGCUGGCCCACCUCAGUUGUGUCUUGCAGUCUAUUGAGGACUACUUGCAAGACGUUGCGGAGGGCCUGAUGCCCAUUUCUGAGGAUGUGCUGAGUGUGCUGCAGGAGCUUAUUAGCCUGCAGCCGCACAUCUAUCACCUCAAAAGAUCCACAGAGAUGAUCCGGCACUCAAACGACCAGGCGAUCGCCAUGUUUAUUGCCGCGAUUGGCCGCUGCGUUGGUGCCCUCUACGAUGUAAUUGCGAAUCGACGCCGUAUCAACAGUGAGAUGGUGGAGGUAAGAGCGCGACGUGAGCAGGCACUGAAGGAGAAGCUGGAGCACGAGCAGCACAAGGCGAAGGAGGUCGUCACGACGGAAAAAGACGAAAACAAUAAUGCGAAAUAG